AUGAAGGCUAGUUUUAUAUUCCACGAAGCCCCGGAUUGUGUGGACAACGAGGAUGUAACUAUUGUUAUUCUGGAGCACGAAGAAUCUCACAAAGUUAUGGCCAUUAACACACAGGAUGACAAAGUCACUCUAGAGGAUCCGCCAGUGUCUCUACGUCAGAUCAUUGAUAAGAAAGGGAGCAUAGACAAGUCCCAUCCGGAAAUUCUGUUUCACAAGAAAUGGUGGAUACCUGGUCGUAAAUGGUUUUACUUGAAGUCACUUCUGGAUGGUACAGACCGAUUCGUUAAAUUUGAGAAUGACGGCACGCCAACGGGUACUACUGCUGAAAAAGAGGAAGCAAGUCUCUUCAGGGCAGACUGCGUUGAUAGUUCCAGUUAGGUGCUGUCAACUUUUCUCAACUUUGAACACAACUUUUAUGUUAAAUUUAUUUUAAAUCAGAAACGUCCCUUGCGACAAGCAAUAACACCUAGUAACAAAAUGUUUAUGCAGGAAACGCAUGCUAGAUAAUUG